AUGGGCGCCUCGCAGAGCAUCGACAUCCCCGGCGGCGGCACCGAGGGCUACCACGUCCUGCGGGUCCCUGGUUAUCCUUUGUUGCUGUAGCUCCUGGAAGAGAAUCCUGGCCACAGAGCUUGGAGCAGAGAGCUGUGUUGUGCAUUUGGCACUGUGUGGUGGUGAUGAAUUGGGCAGGUACAAGAGAACUCACCAGGGCAUAGAGCUGGAUUGGAGCCAUUCUUUGAUUUUAUAGUGUCCAUUAAUGGUUCAAGAUUGAAUAAAGACAAUGACACUCUCAAGGACCUGCUGAAAGCAAAUGUUGAAAAACCUGUAAAAAUGCUUGUGUACAGUAGCAAAACACUGGAACUGAGAGAAACAUCUGUAACCCCUAGCAACAUGUGGGGUGGGCAGGGCCUGCUGGGAGUGAGCAUUCGCUUCUGCAGCUUUGAUGGGGCUAAUGAAAACGUCUGGCACGUCUUGGAAGUGGAGCCAAAUUCUCCUGCUGCAUUAGCUGGACUUAGACCUCAUAGUGACUAUAUCAUUGGAGCAGAUACUGUCAUGAAUGAGUCUGAAGAUCUCUUUUCCCUUAUUGAAACGCAUGAAGCAAAGCCAUUAAAACUUUAUGUGUACAACACAGACACAGAUAAUUGUCGGGAAGUGGUGAUUACUCCAAAUUCUGCCUGGGGUGGAGAAGGCAGCCUAGGAUGUGGCAUUGGUUAUGGAUAUUUGCAUAGGAUACCUACUCGCCCAUUUGAAGAGGGAAAGAAGAUUUCUCUCCCAGGGCAGUUGCCUAGUGCAUCUCUCAGUCCCCUCAAAGAUGGUUUCACAGAGGUUCAGCUAUCAUCAGUUAAUCCCUCAACCACCCUCCCUCCUGGGCCAGCAGGCCUUGAGCAGAGUCUUUCAGGACUUUCUAUUAGCUCACCUUCAACUACUGUCAGUAAUGUUCUCAGCACAGGUGUUCCAACAGUUCCAUUAUUACCACCACAAGUCAGUCAGUCCCUUACCUCUAUGCCACCAGUUAACCCAGCAACUACAUUACCAGGUCUGAUGCCAUUACCAGCAGGGCUUCCUAACCUGACUGAUCUGUCCAAACUUAAUUUACCUGCACCACAGAUUGUUCCAGAAAUGAUACAGCCUGGUUUGCAACCCCUUCCCCCCUUGCCACCUCUGCAUCUAAUGGGAAUAACGCCUCUAUCAAUGCCACCCAAGUGUGUUCCUAUGCUUCCCUUGGUCACAGAGGCAUCUACAGUGCCUACAGAUUUGCUUCCCUCUAUUACUCCAGCUGGAAGCUUUUCCAUCAACCCUGGCACUACUGAAAAUGUAGAGGAUACCUCUGCACUCACCUUGGAUAGUGCUACUCCAACUUCCAGGGCAACAAUUGUUGACAGAUCAAAUGAAUCUUCUGCAGUUAAUGAAAAAACAACUGGAAUCACAGAUACACAAGCUUCUGAAUCAUAACUCCAGAUCACGCUGUUGGAUUGGCUUGGUAUUUAUUUAGCUAUGGGAUACAUAUUUGAAAAGCAAGCUAUCAUUAAAUUCAUACUAGUUUGUACUUAAUCUUUAGAAGUCCUGUAAAUAAUAUGGAGGUAUAAUAAAAAUAAAAGGGGAUUUAUAAAGUGGGGGGGGAGGAAGAACUUGUAUGUUACCAAAAAAAAGUCAAGGUGGUAAAUAGAGUUCCACUGCCAAACUCUGAGGUAUAUGUUUUUAAUAUAGGCUGACAGCCUUACCCUGCUAGGCUUGUCCUUGCUUAUAAUUAGCCAUUUUUGCUUCUGACAGAAAUGAAGCAGGUCCUGCGUGUGACAUUUACGUACCAUAGUUCUUGUUCUUUGCAAGUAUCUUGUUUCUACAGUGGGGAUGAGAAUGUUUAGUCUGAGUUGUGAAUUUUAAUGCUGGAAAACUUCCACCUAAAGAUAUUUCUGUUAAAAUUGCUGAGUGGCCUGUUAACUGACAUGUUGUUAUUCAGCCUGUACACAAAUCUUUGUCUUUAAGCUCUGGAGAGAUGCUCAAGCCAUGUUACGUGACCACUGCUGCGUUGUUUCAUACACCCACUGUAAAAUGGCAUUUGGAAGGGAAUAUAUGGAAUGUUAAAUGUAGCACACAAUUUGGCACUUCAUGACUACUGUAAGAUGAAUUAAUGGAUUAAGCAUACAUAUAGCAAUAAAUUCCUCGAAUUUUA